CCAACGUGGAAGUGAAGAAAUUAGCCUUAAUGAAGAAACCCAAACUUAUCGAUGUUGAAGGGCUCAAUGAUUUGUAUGCUCCAACAAAUAUUUCUGAGGAUUCAAAGGCCUUGCUUUUGUGGCCACAUAUGCGCUUGCUAUUGUCAAGGUCUGAUGCGUUACCUGAAACUGGUCAGGGGAUCAAAGAGGCUGCUAUAGCAUGGAAAGAAUUACUUGCUGUGAUUGAGGAAGAGAAAACUACCAGUCAUAAUAUCAGACUAAAAGAGAAAAACUGCCCUUUCUCUGUUAGCAACCUUGACAAGACAUUGUUCAGUGGUGGAAAUAUACUCGAGUUGCCUUGUGGUCUAGUUGAGGAUUCAUCCAUCACAGUGAUUGGGAUCCCUACUGGGGGCUAUAGGAGUUUUGAAAUUGAGCUUGCAGGAUCAAACUUUUCUGGGGAACCAAAGCCUUCUGUUAUAUUGCAUUACAAUGUCAGUGUUGUCGGAGAUAAUAUGACAGAAGAGCCAUUUAUUGUUCAAAAUACAUGGACUAAUGAACUUGGCUGGGGAAAGGAGGAAAGGUGUCCUGCUCAUGUAUCUUCAAAUAAUUUAAAAGUUGAUGGACUUGGUCUUUGCAAUGAACAACUUGUCAGAGGCCUUAUGGAAGAAAAUCAGAAUGUUAGUCUUUCUAGUGGUAAUGCCUUGACAAAUGCUUCCCAUGCAAGCAGCCAUGCAAGUGCUAAUUUCCCAUUCAUUGAAGGGAACCCAUUCACUGCCACCUUAUGGGUUGGUUUAGAGGGGUUUCAUAUGACUGUAAAUGGAAGACAUGAAACAUCAUUUGCAUACAGGGAGAAACUUGAACCAUGGUCAGUUAGUGGAGUCAAAGUGGCAGGUGGUUUGGAUCUCUUAUCUGCCUUCGCCAAAGGCUUGCCUGUUCCUGAAGACCAUGAUUUAAUAGUUAAGUCCAGGCUUCUUAAAGCUCCUGCAGUUUCUAGGAAAAGACUUCAAAUGUUGAUUGGGGUCUUCUCCACUGGAAAUAAUUUUGAGCGUCGUAUGGCACUGAGAAGAUCUUGGAUGCAAUUUGAGGCUGUACGCUCUGGGGAUGUAGCAGUUCGGUUUUUCAUUGGCCUUAAUAAGAAUAGACAAGUCAACUUUGAGCUGUGGAAAGAAGCUCAAGCAUAUGGAGACAUCCAAUUCAUGCCCUUUGUUGAUUACUAUAGUCUGAUCAGUUUGAAAACUUUUGCAAUUUGCAUUAUGGGGACUAAAAUCCUCCCUGCAAAAUAUAUCAUGAAAACAGAUGACGAUGCCUUUGUCAGGAUUGAUGAAGUUCUCUCCAGCCUCAAGGGAAAGGCAUCUGAUGGCCUGUUAUAUGGCCUUAUAGCAUUCGAUUCAUCUCCUCAAAGGGAUAAAGACAGCAAAUGGUACAUCAGUAACGAGGAAUGGCCGCAUUCUUCAUAUCCACCAUGGGCCCAUGGUCCAGGUUAUAUUAUCUCUCGAGACAUUGCAAAAUUCAUUGUCCGAGGCCACCAGGAAAGAGAACUCAAGCUUUUCAAACUAGAAGAUGUUGCAAUGGGUAUAUGGAUUGAAGAAUUCAAAAAUAGUGGUCGAGAAGUGCAUUAUAUCACUGAUGAGAGAUUCCACAAUACCGGAUGUGAGUCAAAUUACAUUCUUGCACACUAUCAAGGCCCGAGGAUGGUGUUAUGCCUUUGGGAAAAGUUGCAGAAAGAGCACCAGGCCCAUUGCUGUGAGUAACAAUUCAACCAUACUCAAAACGCUUUCAACAGCUUGACACGUUUAACAUCAAAACCAAGACAAACCCUUUUGGGGACUGAUAGUGUUUAUGCAGUUCAUGCCAUUAUGGCAUAGAACGAUUAUGCCACUAUGAGCUUUAAGCACCGGUAAUCUACACUCUUCAACUGCCACGAGUCUUGGACGGAGUCAGAAUUGUGUCUCCUUUUACUUGUGCAACGUGCAAUCACAUUUGGUGUCACAUUAUUCUUUUCAUUUGUUAUUCUUUACCAUUAUGGUGUAUGCUGGGGUGAUGGUAGGAAGAUGGUCGAUGGAACUGUUUUCUGUGGCAUAUGAACUCAACUCUGAAUGAUCAAAUUUCUACAAACUCUUAAACUAUCCAAUUCUUUGUGCAACUAUUCUACAAUUAAUCUUUUUCCGCAGGUUAAACUCAAAUUCAUUGGCUGUAAGCCUUUAUCAAACUGCCACAAAUCAUAUGGAUAGAGCCUUUCAACUCUAAUGGGAGGUUGAAGUGAAGACUUCUUCCUAUCAAAGGAAAAGUUUAAGAGUGGCAUGGCACGCAAACUAUUUCAUGUUGACUUUACAAGUGUUCGCCAUAGGCAGAAAAGAGAGCGCACAUAGUUGUGGUUUGCUUAACACCCUCGCAUUAAAGGACUAUUUCAUGUUGACUUUACAAGUGGUCACCAUAGGCAGAGAAGAAAGAACAGAUAGUUGUGGUUUCCUUAACACCCUCGCAUUAAAAGACAAAGUAGUUCGAACAAUCACCAAUGUCUUUGUGCGAUAAAGGGCAAGGCUAGACCCUUUCAGACCAAUGAAACAAGA